AUGGCAAUGGCAGUCGACAAUCGUCAGCAGUCCCAGCUCAACGGCUUGGGUUACGAGCAUAUGCGCUACCCGGCAGCACCACCACCACCACCACCACACUUCACCAACCCAUGGGUGUCAGCCGGUCCCUCGCCGCAGCAGCUGUACUCGAGCUCCGUCGCACCCAACGUGUCGGCUGGCCUGGAGCACGCGAGCCAGCGGCCCACCAGCAUUGCCAUUCCCUACCACAGCCUGGCAGUCACGGCACCUACCAUGGGACAAGGUAUUACUACUCUCCCGGAUGCCAACUAUGCGGCCCAAAACUUACUUGAUACCUCCCAAGAUCUCCUGUCGCGGGGUUACACUGGUGGUUACGCUACCUCUGCCUCACCAAACAACCAAACCUAUGCACCCACAUCGGCUCCUUAUUCUCAGGUCGAAUAUGGCAACACAGAGAGAGGUCCAUACACAUAUCAACAGGAUUCUUCCCGUCGAUCUUCACACCCGUCAGUCCCCUCACUAGCAUUCUACGAGCCUGUGGAAGCCCAGCGCCAGCGCCAAAGUUCACUUGUUGACUUUAGCAGAAUGAAUACCCAGCAACAAUCGCGCACCAGCUUCAGCGAUGCCCUCGACGCCAGCCGCGGCAUGGUGUCCCUGAGCCAGUCUGAUAUCACCCCGAGGAACAUCUAUGGCUCUCAGGGAACCAGCCGCAGCUCCACCGACUCGUACGGCUUCCCCUCGACCCACUCGGCACACUCGUCCAUUUCGUCAGCCAGCUACGGCCCGAAUGGCUACUACGGUGGUGAAGGUUCCGUGACCGACUACAGCUCUGCAUCCGAGUCGGUCGACCUCACCCAUUCGCGAACCCUGCCCCGCCCCAGCGCCCUCCUAGGCGCCGCCAUGCCUCCUGCGCCUCAAUCCAUGAUGAGCCAGUUCAGCUCAAAGGUAUCGUCAAGCUCUCAGAAGAAGCACAAGUGCAAGAUUUGCGACAAGCGCUUUACUCGCCCAAGCUCGUUGCAGACCCACAUGUAUAGUCAUACUGGCGAGAAGCCUUUUGCCUGUGAGGUGGAAGGCUGCGGUCGCCAUUUCUCAGUUGUAUCCAAUCUGAGGAGGCACCGAAAAGUACAUAAGGGAGAUGGAGCCAUGGAUGCCCCGUCUCCAGACGACGCUUAA